AAAAAGUUAAAUCUCUUCGUGAUGACUUGGUACAGAUGAUGACACUGUAAGUUUCGCUACUUUGACAUUAUUCCUUUUGUUAAAUAUACUAAGUUCUUUUAUCUGAUAUGAUAGCUGUGUCAAAUAUAUUUCUCAGCAGUUGAAGAGCUCCUGAAUCAAGCGGAACAAGAUUACUAUAUUGGCUGAACUGUUUCAGGACAAAUAAUUCUUCAUGCGGUCUCAUGGUUUGCGGGCGAGCUGUUAAGGUGAUGAAUCUGAAGAUAGCAAAGAUAUUAUCGAGGAAGAUGAUGAUGACCAGAAUAAAGAGGAGGUGAUGGAAAAGAAGGAAAAGAACGAUGGCGAUCAGACAAAGUCGAAUGGUUGUAAGUCGAAGGACAGAGGAACUGAAAAUGAUAGCCAUGGAGAUGGCAGCAGGAGGACUGAGGGACCAAUUGGGGCUGGUGGAAUUUGUAGAGAUCAUCUAGGUAAUUUGAUCAUGGCAUUCCAGCAAUCUCUGGGAACUGGUAGCAGCAAUCUGGCCGAGGCAAAGGCAGCUAUGAUAGGUCUUAAGUGGUGCAAGGAGUACGGUGUACCUUGGUUAUUACAAGAAGUUUUCAAUGAAAGUCGGAAGGUAAUCGAUGAAAGUAAUUGCAUCAUUCAACAUUGUUAUAGAGAAGGAAAUCAAGUGGUGGACGCAUUGGCAAAGGCAAGUUUGAUAAUACCAAACCAAGUUUCUAAUUCGGCGAAUGACUUGCCUAGCUAUGCUAAAGGUCCUUAAAGGCUUGACUGGAUAAUGAUGCCAUCUUUUAGACACAAGCACAAGAAGCACCAGUUUGUUUAAAUCAGUUGUUUAGUUUCCAGGUUGCCCCUCCUUAUACCCCUGUAUCUUUUUGUAUAUGUUUACCGGAGGGAACUUGGUUUUUAAUGUUAUUCCUUCUUAUGUAUAGCUGCUUCAUUGGGACUAUGGAUUCAUGGAAAUCCUGCAAGUUUGUACAUAAUUUUUGGUAAUGAUAUAAAGGGCCACGCCACCAUAUGGCGUAGUUGCAUUUAAAUAAAUAAAAAACGGUUUAGUUAUUCGUUCAA